AUGUCUACUCUCAGCUUUUUCGAACGAGCCCUGCUUCGCAAUAAGAACGGCAAAGCGAAGUGCAACUUCUGCAAGCAGCUAAUCCAGUACCUCGAUAAUGGCUUCACGCUCCAACGUCUGCGGAGAGUAUCUCGAAUCCUGCGUGACCUUGUCGACAGCCAGCCAGGCCGCCUCUACCGGCAGCUCUACGUCCCGGCGCCGCUUCCAGGUGGCUCUGAUAUCAGGCGCCUUGAGCUUGUUGCGCCGAUGUGCUAUGCUUUGACCAUCAAAGUUGGGCCGUCUUCACCCGAAGCGAGACCAUCAAGAGCGGUUGUUGAUGGCGAGCCAAGGCGCAGCGACCUGAAGAGGCGACCGUCUCUGUGGAGAAGGAGGAAGAUCGCGGUACCGGAUGGUGAAGCUCACAAGCCUGCAUCAUCGAUACAUAGCCUGGAGAAUCUCUCCAUUCGAGGCAGCACUGAGACUCGUCCAUCGGCCUCACCCGCUCAACUUCUGUUCACCGACCGGCAAGAGCAGAUCGAAGAACGCCAGCUCUGGGCACGUCUUCUCUCACACUUUCGCCAACUUCGAUCAUUGACUCUACGCAUCAACGGUGAUCCAGCAUGGCCAGGGCGUACAGCAGUCGAGGACACGCUCGUCUCUCUGCGAGUGGCCAUCGAGUCAGCCAAUCUGGAGCAUUUGCGGGAGUUCUCGCUCAUGCCGGUCCAUGCGAUGGGCAUCAUUCACCUACGCUGGCACGGCAUCGGAGCUUUCAGCCAAGCACAAGCUUCUGGGGCAUAUGCUUGGAUGCGGAUUGAAACGCUGGACCUUCGCGUAAAGGACCCCUCCGCCACAGGCAAGUUGACCGAUGCACAGCAGCUGAUGUUCAAGAAGAUCCUAUACGAGUACCUUCGCAGCUUUGCACCAUCGCUACGCUGUCUGCGCUUGGUCUGGUUGGGUGGAGAAGGUCCAAGCCCGCUGGCGCUGCAUCAUGAGCCCGGCCUUCAGGGCAGGCAUGCUCUCCGAUGGCCGCAGCUUCGAGAGUUGUUCGUCGGCAACAUAAGACUGCCAAACCAGACUAUCACGCUUGCGAAGGAGCACGCACGGCCGGACACAGCGGUCAAGAUUCUACGCAACACAAGGAGGGACUCUUCGGUGAAGGCGAUUGACUCAUCUGCCUGGGUCGAGGUGUUGGGACCAGCAUCGUCUCCCGUCCUCUCACCAUUGUCGGAACGAGCAAGCAGCGUCUACAGCCAGGAUGGCAAGGCUGAUGACAGCAGUGCUUGGGCGAUUGGAAUUAGCAGGUCGAGCGUGAAUCUGCCGUUCAUGCUGGACUUGGUGAACCUCCGCACGCAGAAGCGCCUGGCGGCGUCCGUGGCCAACUGCGGCAAGCGCAAGAUCUGGCUCGAUCCCAACGAAAGCAACGAGAUCUCCAACGCCAACUCGCGCCAGACGAUCCGCAAGCUCCUCAGCGAUGGCCUCAUCAUCCAGAAGCCCGUGACAAUGCACUCCCGCUCGCGUGCCAGGGAGUUGACGGCUGCGAGGCGGAUUGGACGACACAGGGGUUUUGGUAAGAGGAAGGGUACGGCUGAUGCUAGGAUGCCGAGCCAAGUGAUGUGGAUGCGUCGUCUGCGUGUCCUCCGCCGCCUGCUCGUCAAGUACCGCGCCGCUGGCAAGAUCGACAAGCACCUCUACCACGAGCUCUACCAUCUGAGCAAGGGUAACACCUUCAAGCACAAGCGUGCCCUCGUCGAGCACAUCCACAAGGCCAAGGCCGAGAAGCAGCGCGAGCGCCAGAUCCGCGAGGAGAUGGACGCCAAGCGUGCGAAGAACAAGGCGGCGCGCGAGAGGCGGGUGGAGCGCAAGGAGCAGAAGAAGAACGCGAUGUUGGGCGACGACGACGAUGCUCAGCCACAGUAG